AUGCAGUUACUGCCUCAAGGACACUCCAUCCAUUUCAUAUCAUAUGUCCUUCUUUUGAAAGAUGAUCAGUGGGUUCAAAUUGGAACACUGAAGGAUUACUACCACUUCUACCAUAGUAAAACAAUUAAAAGGUCAGUUCUGUCAAGUAGAGGUACCCACAGCUUCAUUUCAAUGGAACCAAAGGUGGAGUGGAUACAACAGCAGGUGGUUAAAAGAAGGAUAAAGAGGGAUUAUAAACCUGGUGGUACCCAAUCCACUUAUUUCAAUGAUCCCAAGUGGCCAAGCAUGUGGUACAUGCACUGCAGUGAUAACACCCACCAUUGCCAAUCAGAUAUGAAUAUAGUAGGUGCUUGGAAGAGAGGUUACACUGGAAAGAACGUUGUGGUCACCAUCCUGGAUGACGGCAUCGAAAGAAACCACCCAGACCUGAUGCAGAAUUAUGAUUCACAGGCCAGUUUUGAUGUCAAUGGAAAUGAUUUUGACCCUAUGCCUCGAUACGAUGCCAGCAACGAGAACAAGCAUGGAACCCGUUGUGCCGGAGAAGUGGCAGCCACGGCAAACAACUCACACUGCACAGUAGGAAUCGCCUUUAAUGCCAAGAUUGGAGGUGUACGGAUGCUGGAUGGAGAUGUGACAGACAUGGUAGAAGCAAAGUCUCUAAGCCUUAAUCCCCAGCAUAUCCACAUCUACAGUGCCAGCUGGGGGCCUGAUGACGACGGUAAGACUGUGGAUGGACCUGCUUCUCUAGCGCGUCAGGCUUUCGAGAAUGGCAUCAGAAUGGGACGAAGAGGUUUAGGUUCAGUCUUUGUUUGGGCAUCUGGAAAUGGUGGAAGAAGUCGAGACCACUGCUCCUGUGACGGCUACACCAAUAGCAUCUACACUAUCUCCAUAAGCAGCACAGCUGAAAGUGGGAAGAAACCAUGGUAUCUGGAAGAAUGUGCAUCCACACUAGCAACAACGUACAGCAGCGGGGAAUCCUAUGACAGGAAAAUAAUCACCACAGACCUGAGGCAGCGUUGCACAGACAGCCAUACUGGAACCUCAGCCUCUGCACCUAUGGCUGCAGGCAUCAUUGCACUGGCACUGGAAGCAAAUCCAUUUCUGACCUGGAGAGACAUUCAGCAUAUUAUUGUCAGGACUUCACGUGCAGGACACCUGAAUGCUAACGACUGGAAAACGAAUGCGGCUGGUUAUAAGGUGAGCCACCUCUAUGGAUUUGGAUUGAUGGAUGCCGAAGCAAUGGUGGUAGAAGCAGAAAAGUGGACAACGGUGCCUCCACAGCAUGUGUGUGUGGAGAACACGGAUCGGCAAAUCAAAACAAUACGACCUGACAGUGUUGUCCGUUCAAUUUACAAAGCUACUGGCUGUUCAGAUAAUCCCAACCACCACGUGAUCUACUUGGAGCAUGUCGUUGUGCGCAUCACGAUUACUCACCCUCGACGUGGAGACCUGGCAAUUUACCUGACUUCUCCUUCUGGAACUAGGUCACAGCUGUUGGCCAACAGGCUAUUUGAUCAUUCCAUGGAAGGGUUCAAAAACUGGGAGUUUAUGACUACUCACUGCUGGAGUGAAAAAGCAGCAGGUGACUGGAUCUUGGAAAUCUGUGACACUCCAUCUCAGCUGAGAAAUUUCAAGACUCCAGGCAAAUUGAAAGAGUGGUCCUUAGUACUGUAUGGAACUUCCAUCCAGCCUUACUUUAACAGUUCAAAUUUACCUGAUGUUAGGAGAAGAACUAAAUGAGAAGUUUUAAUCCCUACCCCCUGCCUGUAUUCUGGUUUUAUUACAGGUCCCUGCAAUGCAGAAUGCAGUAAAGUAGGGUGUGAUGGGCCAGGACCAGAUCAUUGUACUGACUGUCUGCACUACUACUACAAAUCUAAGAACAACACACGGAUCUGUGUUUCGACCUGCCCACCUGGUCACUACAAUGCAGACAAGAAACGCUGUAAAAAAUGCUCACCCAAUUGUGAAACCUGUGUUGGAGGCCAUAGUGACCAGUGCAUGACCUGUAAAUCUGGCUACUACCUGAAUGAAGUAACCAAUAGCUGUAUUACCAACUGCCCUGAUGGGUUUUACCUGGAUAAGAAUAAGAUUGUUUGCCGAAAAUGUAGUGAAAACUGUAAGACAUGUGUUGAAUACCAAAUCUGCACAGAAUGCAAACAUGGCCUAAGUUUGCAUGGCACUAAAUGUGCUAUCCGCUGUGAAGAAGGAAAAUACCAUAAUGGUAGAGAAUGUGAACCGUGUCACCGUUCCUGUGCGACGUGUGCAGGUGCUGGAGUAGAUGCCUGUAUAAACUGCACGCAGGGUUAUUUUAUGGAAGAUGGAAGAUGUGUGCAAUCCUGUAGUAGUGGUUAUUACCUUGAUCACUCUACUGAAAGUGGAUACAAAAGCUGCAAAAGAUGCGAUGCCAGCUGUUUGGAUUGCAGUGGUCAAGGAGACAGAAACUGUACGAGCUGUCCAAGCGGCUAUAACCUAGACACUGGUGUCUGUGUAGUGGGAACAGUCUGCAAGGAUGGGAAAUAUCUUGAUGAUUCCCAAGAAUGUCAGUUGUGUGAAGCAUCCUGUCAGAAAUGCAUUGGACCUGAGCCAGACAACUGCAUCAGCUGCCCACUCACAAGAGUCUUUGAUGAUGGUCAGUGUGUUAUGCAAUGCCCCAGAGGAAAGUUUGAAUUCAAAGGACAAUGUCAUUUGUGCCAUCAUACCUGUCUGGACUGCAGUGGAAGUGAACCUAACAAAUGCACCACUUGUGGAAAAGACAGAAGAGGGAUCGACCGUUUCCUGUAUCAUGGGGAGUGCAGAGAGAGCUGUCCUCCAGGUCACUACCAUUCAGACCAUACCUGCGUGGCUUGCUCUGGCCACUGUGAGGUGUGCCUGAACUCCAGUCACUGCAAAAGAUGUUUCAGAGGCUACUACCUUACUCAAAAUAUAUGUCAGAAGCAUAGUUGUAGAGAAGGUGAAGUGGAAGAUCCUGACUCUGAAGACUGCAUACCUUGUUCAGAUGGAUGCCAGAAAUGCAAACUGGGUAAAUAUUCCCUUUAUGAACCUUUAUCCUUAUUCUUAAGGUAUAAGCAGCACUGCUAUAAAUACUGCCCAGAAAAUACCUACAGAGAUGAAAGUUCUCUGCAGUGUAGAGAGUGUCCUAGCAACUGUGACAGCUGUGACAAGGAGAAGUGUGACUCUUGUAAGGAAGGCUUUUAUCUCUCAGGUGGCACAUGUGUGAGUGAGUGUGGAGAUGGCUUCUUCACUGAUGACGUUUCUAGGGAAUGCGAACCUUGCCACAGGAGCUGUGCAACAUGUGUUGGGUACAGCUAUGAGAACUGUACUGGGUGUAAAAACAGUUUCCACCUAUCUCAUGGGAAGUGUCUGAAUCCAAGAAAUUAUUCACCCGAUGGGAAGUUCUGGAGUGGAAAAUUUCUUAUCCACGAUACCUGCAUUUUUCCGUGCCCUCAAAAAACUUUUGGAAAUGUUGCAAGUGGAAAGUGUGAGAUGUGCAUGGACGGCUGUGAGGUGUGCUCUGACUACUGGCACUGUCAGAAGUGUCAGGCUGAACAGGACCAGCUGCUCUUCCUCCACAAAGGCAGAUGUUUACAGGAAUGUCCUGAGGGGUAUUUUAAUGAUUCUGAGACUUGCAAGGAAUGCAGUGAAUCCUGUAAGACAUGCAUGGGAAGUGCAUCCAAAUGCCUGUCCUGUAAAAGUUCUUUGCUUCUGGAACACGGGGAAUGUAAAACUACCUGUUCAGAGAAGCAUUUUGCCUCUGAAGGAAUCUGCAAACACUGCCCUGAAAUGUGUCAGGAAUGCAUUCACAACGAAAUAUGCAAAGAAUGCAUGGACGAGUUCUUCCUGCAUGAGGGGAAGUGUGUGCAGGACUGCCCUUCUCACUUCUACGCUGAAGACAAGCACUGCUUUCCCUGCCAUGCAGACUGCAAGGAUUGUAAUGGGCCGGACUCAGACGACUGCACUGCGUGCAGCAUCUACUACUUUGUCCUCUACAGUGGUGUGUGUUUUGAGGAGUGCCCUGAAGGGACAUACUAUGAAAAAGCCACUGAAGACUGUCAAGCAUGCAAUAGGACAUGCCAGACUUGUUCUUCUUCCACUGCCUGCCUUACUUGCAGAAAUGGCCUGAUGCUGAACCAUGACGGGCUCUGUGUGGCAUCUGGAUACUGCUCUCACACUGAGUACUAUGCUGAGAAAACUCAGACUUGCCAGUCUUGUCAUAAGAAAUGCCUCCACUGCUCAGGACCCACUGAACACCAGUGCCUUAGCUGCGCGAAUAAACACUAUCUUCUCAAUGCAACCUGUGUUGAAACGUGCCCGGAUGGGUAUUAUAUUGACAGCGAUGAGGGACAAUGUUCCCCAUGCCACAGCGCCUGUGCCACUUGCACUGGAAAACAUAGCUCGCAGUGCCUUUCCUGCAAACCGGGCUGGUACAGACAAGGAAAAGGAUGUGUAAACCAGUGUCCAGCAGGGUAUUUUGCACAAAACUCCACUGGCUCAUGUGAGAGGUGCCACAAGGGCUGUAAGGAGUGCAUGGGGCCCCAACCCACAGACUGCCUUUUCUGUGACACGUAUUUCUACCUGUUGCGCUCCAAGAACCAAUGCGUUAGCUCUUGUCCUGAAUAUUACUACGAAAGCAAGGACAACAAUGUCUGUGAAAGAUGCCACCCUUCCUGCCGAACUUGUGAAGGGAAGGGAGCAUUCAGCUGCACAUCUUGUGUAUGGAGCUACAGUUUGUCAGGUGGAAUGUGCAACUCAGACUGUUUUGUAGGUGAAUACAAAGUCCAAGAGACACCAGGACAAGAGGGGGACAAGUCCAAGUGUGACAAAUGUGACAGCUCAUGCACUGAGUGCAAAGGACCUGGUCCUCUCAACUGCACCGUCUGUCCAGCCAGCAUGCAGCUCUACCUGGAGGAGAGCCGCUGCCUGCCCUGCUGCCAUGGCUCUGAUCUGGCAGGCACCCCGGAGUGCUGCGACUGCAGUGAAACCCAAGAUGACUGUGUAUUACGGACCACUCUACCACCUGAGAGCAAAAGCAAAACUACUUUCUUUGUUAUUACCUGCAUUUUGCUUCUCCUUGUCAUUGGAGCCAUUGUAUUCAUCUGGAGAAAAUCACGAGCCAAAACCCAGGCUGUCAGCAAAGGUGGGUAUGAGAAGCUGGCAAACCACUCCAAAAGCCUUCCUUCCUACUUGAGCAACUACCACGACAGUCCCAGUUAUCAGGAAGAUCAAGUGAUUGAGUAUAGAGAUCGAGAUAAUGAUGAUGAUGAUGAAGAAGAUGACAUUGUAUAUAUGGGCCAGGAUGGCACAGUCUAUCGCAAAUUUAGAUACGGACUUUUGGAGGAUGAUGAGGAAGAUGAGCUUGAAUAUGAUGAUGAAAGUUAUUCAUUUAGAUAA